AUGGAAGGAAAUGUAUUGGAUAUAAAUCUGCUGGGUAGAAAUUAUCCCUUUUUAAGUGAGUCAUGUAAAUUAUAUGAUAAACUUGAUGAAACUGUGGAAGAAAAUGAUCAUAACAUAUUAUAUAGGAAAUUAUGCGAACAAAUUGUGAGUAAUUUGAAAAUUAAAAACCAACAGUAUUAUGAAUUGUGUAAAAAACUUGCCAGGAAUUUGAAUAUAUUUUGCAGUGGUACAAACGAAUGCAACAUUCAGCCUAAUUGUCAAAUUUUAAAUGAUUGGUUGUACAAUUCUAUGAAAAAAUAUAAUAUAUUUAAUGGAUUUAUUAAUCUUUUGUUCUAUCGUAUGAAUAGUAUAACUCAUAAAUUAUACUAUAAAAAUAUGUGUCCAUAUUAUAAUUACGAUAAAAACUAUGUAGAACCGAUUAAUAUUGUAAAGCUAAAUAUUUUUGGGUACAAUAUGCAUACUAUUGUGAGUAUAUUUAAGAAUAAUGAAUAUUUUAACAAAUUAAGCGUAGAUUUUAUUAAGAAGGUUCUAAAUAUAUAUGAACAUAUGAAUUACAAGUAUUGUUUUAAGGAGAAUAAAAAGGAUAGGAAAAAAAUAAAUACAUGUUCAUAUCUAGAGAGUUUUAUUAAUUCUUAUAAUAUAUAUAUAUGUAAUAACGAAAAACUAAAAAAUAAAAUACCAUCAUUAUCAUCUGACAAUAGUGUUAAUUUUAUUGGAUGUAAAUCGACUGAUAAAAUAAAAACAUUACAAAUAACACAUGAUAUAGAAAUAUUAGCAUCUGAAGAAGCUGUUGAUUCUCGCUUGUUCGGAAAUGGUGAUGAAUUUAUCUCAUCAAAAGAGCAUGAACAUAAUAAUUCAUUGUUUUCCACAAUAAAAUUGUUAUUCACGGUUAUUGCUACAAUUUCCGGAGGAACUUCCAUUUUGCUGUUAUUUUACAAGUUCACCCCAGUUCGUAGCUUGUUUCGUUCCAGACAAAAAGUAAAAAUAACAAGAAAUAAUUAUGUUGAAGAUGAGGAAAAAGAGUUAUUCUAUCAAAUGCCAGAUAAUAUGAAUAUAAAUUCACAUAAUCAGAUAUAUGAUAUAGCAUAUACAAAUUUAUGA